CCUACGUCACUGGUAAUACGUAAUAGUAUUUGUGCGCAUGCGUGUAGGAGUAGUGGUAGCUGAAAUCGUGCUAUAUAACCUAGACUCGGUCUCACCGUGUUUUCGUUAAUAUUUAAAUAUAAAACAAGGAAGAAAGUAACAUCGUCAUUCUGUCGCUUUCUUUGCUUUAAAUUCUAGCAUGGCAUUAAAUGUGUAUUCACGGCUGACAAGAAGUUUUGUCCGCGUUUUAGCGAGCAGAAGUGUCAUUCCUGUCACAAGACCUCUGACAACGAGUUCAUGCUGGACACAUUUACGUUGCUUACAGCAUAUCCGCGUCAUUCGUUAUGAUGGUGCUUCAUUACGAAAUUUCAGCUCUUCUAGCCAGCCUUCAAUAGAUGUGUCAUAUGAGCAGCUGAAGAAACUGCUGGUGUCCCGAUCUAGUGUGGUUAUAGACGUCCGCGAGCCGUGGGAACUCAGGGAAUACGGGAACAUACAGGGAUCAGUUAACGUUCCACUGGGACAAUUGAACGGAGCUCUCCAGCUCAAACCUGAUGAAUUCAAGGAGAAAUACGGAGGAGAUAUGCCAUCACAAUCCCAAAAUAUAGUGUUCACCUGCCUAGCUGGUGUAAGAAGCAAAACUGCCCUGGAAACUGCAGUGUCUUUAGGAUACACCAAGGUUCAGCAUUUUCCAGGCGGAUGGCAAGAAUGGGCAGAACGUGAAUUAAUACAAACCAAAGAGUGAUUGUUCCGUUGCAGUUAUGUCAACACUGUGAUAGAAGUUUGACUGAAUCUCAAUUGAUACAGAGCUAAAAUGUGCUACUAAGACUGGAUAAUUCAAUGGUAUUGACUGGAAGUAAAGAAAUUGUGUGAUUACAUUAUAAGCCAAGAUGCACUAUACUACAUGUUGUGAUCAAUGCACAUUCUACUCCGAUAUUUCAUUUGACAUACAUAGCCUACUGUAGUUGGAAUGGGAAGUGCAGUGGUGUGCAGUGUGUAUGUUACGAUUUCUGUUCAAAGGGCUGAUGGCUAUUUGCCUAAUGCUUAAACCUAAAUAUUUUGAGCAAGCAAUCCAAAAAUCAGGCCGAAAAUAUAACUUUUAUCCAAUGAUUUAUGGAGUUUGCAUAGUACUGUAUAAAAUUAAGUGGAGCGUUGUUUUUGUAUUCUUGAAAAUAAAACUUGAAUGCCA